AUGGGACAUGGUGGAGAGAUGUCCUUGUAUUUCACGCCAGGUAGCUUCUCAUCGUUCACUAGACUGUCUAAGAAUUCGUCGGAGCAAUUCUCAAGGAUUCUGAUCAGUUUGGAGACUUGUCAAGUUGUUGUCAACAAACACCUAACCUCAAACUUGAAAACGCUAAAAUCCAAAUUUGAGAUGAAAAGUUGA